CGGAAGUCAAUAGUAUAGUGUACUGUUCUUUGAAAAUUCGAAACAUAGUGACUAAAUUUGGUAAGCUAAUCUUUCUUUCACUAUGACUACUUUAUAUGUAUAAAGACAAAGUAAGAUAUUCUUCUUAUUCGUUUACUUUUUAAGUCACUAAUUUUAGUGGUUGUUGCUUGUUUUGAAGUCAUGGCAACAGGAGGAUCACCAUCAAAGGGAUCUUCGUCAGAUUCGCAUGCCCGCUCUGGAUGGCAAAGUACGUCAGAUGAUGCCGUUAGUAUGAAUAGCAUUCAGAAUGAACUGCGUCCAAAUAAUUUAGAGGUUAGUGAAUGGAAAGAGUCAACCCUUGAAUCAAAUAAGCGACGUAAGAAAGGAAACCGCGAGAGGGAACGCGAAAGAGGUCAGUCCUUGUUACAAGAUCUCCCUUCUCCUACAGAACGACGCCAACAUACUCCGUCAUCAUAUUCUCGUACGAAAUUACCUCCAAAUGCUGAGUUAAGUGAAAGAAUGGAAUUAGAAAAUUUAAAACAGCACUUCAGUUUUGAUGAUUAUGAAGUGAGUAGUGAUGAUGAAAAAAAUAAUGAAAAGACUGUAUCAUUUAAUCGACGUGAUAUGCCUCCGAAUUAUACUCGUCAAGAUACUUCUAGCACGAUUAGUGAAAAUCAUCGCCAUUCUGACAGCGAAUCAAGAAAAAAUCAAAAAACAAACAAGAAAAAUAGGAAUCGUACUGGUGAUGCACGUUAUCCGAGCGAAGAAAUUGAAGAAAAAGAAAAGAAUGAUGAGAAAAGAGGCGCUCAAAAUAACAUUUCGCAGGACAGGACCCAAGAAGCUAUUACUGACAGUAAUCAAAUUGUUGCUAGAAUGAUGCAAAUUAAAGAUUAUAGAAAACAAAUAAAAUUAAUGAUGGAUACGUUACAGGAAUCAGAUGACCCCACGGAUCAUCGCAAAAUCAGCAAGCUAGCUCAAGUUCUGAAUUCAUUGGAAGAGCAAGAAAGCAGCUACAUGGAAAUCUUACAGAAAUUAUGGAUUAUUCGUAAAAGAGCCCUGUUAAAUAGUAAUUCUAAUCCUAAUGAAACUGCAAAAGGAGACUCACCUGAUGAUACAGAUUCAGUUGAUUCACAAACUUCUGACCCAGCUUUACAUACCUUUACAUCUGGUCUUCCUGAAAAAAGUGAAGAUUUAACAUCUAUAGAACAGCAGCAAAUUUUACUGAAACAAAUAAUGGAACAAAAAGAACAAUUAAAAAAAUUGCAAGAACGCCAAUCUGCUUUAUUGGCCAUAGAAAAAGAUGCUGUUCAAAAAUUGGCUGAAGCAAAAGAAAGACAGAGACUCCUACAAGAACCGACAGUGGAUAAUAUGGCAGCACCUGAGUUUGCCUUAUACCAAAGAGAUAACCAACCAGCAGAAAAUACCAUAGAAGAUGUCAUUGAAGAACAUAGGAAAAUGCAAAAUAACCUUCCAUUGUCAAACACUCAGUCAGAAGACAAUUUAAUGACUGUCGAUUUAGAGAAUCUUAGUUUUGAUACGGCUGAUUUCCAAGAAAGAAUUUGUCAAGGACGUCUUUCUUUGCAAAAUAAAUUAAAACAUCUUCAAGAGAAACGGAGAUGUGUUAAUGAACUGCUGCGUUAUGUUAAAUCUUUGCGAGCUCAAAGCACUGAUGACAUGUCACAGAUGAAUAACAACCCAGAAAACACUGAGAAUAGUGUGCAGAAUUCUGAAAAUAUUACAGAAAAAACUGAUUCUCCAGAAGAUGAUCUAAAUAUACCUGAACCUAAUGAAAAAUGGGAAGAAUUACUUGGAGUAAGGGAACGACUUAAUCACCUAAGAUCACUAUUUAAAGAAUAUCAGGUUUGUGCUAAUGAUGAAGCUACUGAAGCAAAAGAUGUAACGUCUACUGAAGAAGGGGAAAAAACACAAAACCACCAGCAUAUUAAAAGUUCUUCCUGUGAAGCGUCUGACAAAUAUUCUGACUCAAACCAUAUUCAAAACCUUUCAGAUUUUGAGGAAGAUUUUAAUACUGAACUUGGUUCAUUAAUAAGCCAGCCAGGAGUGCGUGACAAACUCAAUGAACUCCAAGAGGCAAAGGAUCGUUUAAGACAUCUUCAAAAAUUAAUUAAUAAACUUAAUGAUUCUCCUGACGGCCCCCCUGAACAAACUGCUGAAGAGUUGGCAGAAGUCCUUGCUCAGAGUGAUAAUCAAACUAUUAGCAAACAACUUUCCAGGUCAGCUGGUUUGCCAGAGGCUAGUGCCUUACCCAAUGGAGCUGCCUUCACACAAGUAAGUCAUGAUCAAUUAAUUCCUCUACAAAAUAAAUCUGCUAAGCUUAAAUUGAAAAUGCAAGAACAGCAACUUGAGGUAGAUCGUCUGAAGGAACAACGUGAAAGACUUCUCUCUUUUCAUCAGCAGCUUUUAAACUUCCAUGAUAGUUUACCAAGCUGGAAUGAUGAGAUGGAUAAAUCUGAUCGAGAUAAGACUAAUGAAGUGACUUUUGCUCCAGAACCAGAAAUACAAGAUCUUAACCAAAUGACAUAUUCUUCAAAUGAUGAACUCUACAAUAAAAUGAGGAAAGAAAGAAUUCAAAGAGAAGAACUUAGGCAAAGAAAGAAAGAAAUGGAAGAUUUAAUGCACAAGGAUAAACCUAAGCGUAAUUAUUCUCGUAACCAAGAUAAUCAAAGUGAUUCAGUGUCUUAUUCUACUGACUUCCUCGGAGCUAAUACAAGUGCAGAUGUAACUAUGGCAACUUGGGGUGGUUCUACAGCUGAUAAUUUUGAGAAUAUAAAUGAAGGUUGUGAUAGGGAUGAUGAUGAAGAGGAGGAGGAAGGUGAUGAUGAUGAAGAAAGGGAUGAUAUUAAUGAAGAAUUUAAUGAGGAUGAUGAUUAUUUCAGUGAUGUGAUAAGGGAUGCAGAAGAAGGAGGAGAAUCUUCUAGUAAAGAAACUUAUACUAUUGAAAAAGAUGCAAGAAGGCAUGUUAAGCAGUCUCAACCAUGUUUACUGGGUUGUAUGCCAUUAGACUCUAGAGGGAGCUUCCCUCCUGGAAAGAGAAAUAAAUAUUGUUGCCAACGUUCUGAUUCUAAGGGGAACUCACCAAAUCAAAAGCAAUUUGGUCGAACUAACAGUGGCUUUGCUCGGAAGCAAGAAAACAUUCGUGCUGCAGAAUAUAUAAUUCAAGAAGAUGAACAUGAUGAAAGUUUGCAGUCUGAAAACAGCCCUCUGAAUAUACUUGAAAGACAGAUGGAUAAAAUGGCUAGCACUUAUCAAGACCUACUAAUUGAACAGCAACAGCUUCGUCAACAGUUACAUAUGAUGAGAUAUCAAAAUACCAAUGCAUUUGCCUUUGAUGCCAACCAACCAACUAAUAUGUACUGGCAAUCUAAUCCAUUUUUAACACCACCUGCUGAAUUUCAAAACUCAGCUUCACAGCAACAGAUUUUAUUAGCAUUGAGUCAGUGUUUUCAACAACUUUCAGUUCAACAGUCUGAAAUGAAUAAUUUACAACGCCAACUCCACACGUUGGUUUUACAAUCUUCAAGAACCGAUUCUACUUCUACGAAUUCAUAUAUGCAGAAUUCAUUCCCUACCGGUGUCAAUCAAUGGAAGAAACCCAGACAUUUCUGUUGGGAACCUUACCCUCAAAAUCCAUACCUCUGCAGUAAUAGAUUUCCUAGUCCCCUGCUAAAACCUGAUGCCAUACAGAAAACAAAAGCAAGAAGUAAUAAUAUGCUUUCUUCCACAGUUCCUACUGCUAAAUCAAGAAAACGAACAAAUUCUUCAGACAAAAAUUUCAGACGUCGACAUCUAAAUAAACAACAUUGUGAUAAAGAUAAUGCUGAAAAAUGUCCUAAAGGCUGUAGUCAGACUUGUUCGUAUUUUUGGAACUUUUCUAACACAAAUAAGGACGAUGUGGUUGAUGUCCCAGCAAGAUCUAAAAAAUUAUCUGCAUCAUCUCGGCAAAAACACACUGCUAAUUCGUCAUCAAAAAAUAUGACAUCUGAAGAUGGCAAAAAGAAAUUAAAAUCAUCUCAGAAUACAAUAGAAUUCAAGCAAGAAGCACCUAAUGCUUCUGCUAAAUUUUAUCCCAAGUCUACUAGUAACAAUUCAAGCAGUAAGAAAACCAAAAAUGGAGGUGCGUGGUCAAAUAAAACUACAGCUGAUCUUGUGAAUCAGUGUGAAUCAGGAGCUACAAAGAAAGAAAAUACUUCAGAUCAACAAGAUUCUAAUAGUUUUGACUCUCUCAAGUCAGAUAUCUAUGCUGAAGUUGCAAAGUUAAUAUCUCAGAAUGAAAAACACCCCAAAUAUAUGAUCUCUUUAUUUCAGAAACUCCAAUGUUUUGAUUCUUAUAGCAAGCGUGAUCACAUAAUGGGUAUCAUAGAUGCUCUGAUAGAACAAGCACGAUAUAACCAGACAUUAUUUUCUUCUAAAUUCGAUGAAUUCCCACGUCCUAAUCUGACAUCAAACAGAAUCUCACUUAUUUCUGAUAAUGCCAAAAUAGAAAACACAUUAAGAACGAAAACCCAGGAUUCAUCUAGCGAUGAUUCUGGUAGUGAAAUAAUACAGGUUGUGGCUCCAGUUUCUGAUAUGCACUUACAGUUUGCUGAAGAUUCAUUGAAGAUAGCUUUGCAUAAGGUGACAAAGCAACAACAAAGUGAAAGUCGAGACAAAAUAUUAAAUAGGGAACUCCAUCAUUCAAGUCACGCUGCCGUAGACCAAGGAAGUGAGAGCUCUGUUUCAGAUAUGCUAGUUGUAAAAAGUGAUAACCAAAAUUUCUCAGAAACAAUUAAGGAAAUCUCUAAACAACUAAUCCCAAUCAUUAACCUUCACAAGAAUGAAACGUUUUCUGAAGUAAUUAUUAGUGAUGUUCAACAAAAAAUAGUAAUUUUAUAUCGUCAGUUCUUUUCUGAACAAGAUAUCAAUUUCAAGCAUUUGAACUCUAAUCUUUAUAAUAAUCUAAUAGAAUUCAAAAACCAAAGAGUUGCAGAUUGCUACCAUGCAGUGCUCAAGAAAAUAUCUGAUGUCCUGCACAAUGAACUGUCAUAUUUAAGAUUAAUGGAAGAUCUUGGUGAAAAUACUUUAUCUAAAAGUUUAAUUGAAAGACUAACAAUUUUUAGUCAAAACACUAAUGACACUUCAAUAGUAGAUCAGUUAACAAAUGAUUCAGAUAUCACUUUGGUGGCAUCAGGAACCCAGUUGCUAGCAGAUGGAGACUUAACCACGAGAGAUUCUUUAUUAUCUUGCCACAAGAAGUUGUCUGAUAAUAUACAGGUUGAUGUAAAGGAAAAGAAUAGAUAUGAGAAUGCAGAAGAAAUGCCAAAUGGAUUUUUAUCCUGUUCAAGCAAAAAUAGUCAAGAUCAAGGUGUACCAAUGGAGAUUGAACUUGCUGUCAGUGAGACAAAGCCAUUUUCAAAAAUUGGCAGUGAUGAAGAUGAUGAAGAUGAUGAUGAAUCUCAUAAUGCUGAAGACCCUUCAGUAACUGCUGUUUCUUUGGCAACUGAGAAAGAAAACCAUUGUUUUCCUGAAAGAGGAGAUGGGGAUAUUCCUUCAAAAGUAAAGAAUUCUGACUCUGGAAUUUCUGGGAAGCCAAAUGGUUUGCUCCCUAAAUCUUCAAAUGAUACAAAUCACACCACUCCAUCAAACGAACAUGAUCAACUUAUUCCAUCGGCCGAUGAUCAGCUUCAAGUUGAGGAUAUACCAAAUGUUUUACAGUCAUUGUCAAAUGACCAGCUUGAAGAGGCCAUAAAUGAUCAGUUUACCCCAGGAGCUGCUUUCUUUGAAAACCUUGAAAAGACUGAAUUAGCUGGAGACAGUGAAGCCUUACCAUGCAACAAGUUAAACACACAGUUUGAUGCUGCUAGUGAUCCUUAAAUAAUUUAUAAUGCUAACAAGUUUGGAUUAAUUUUGGUAUCUGAUUGUUGAUCUUAGACACUCAGAAAAAAAAAGACAUUUUUAGACUUGGUAUUUCUUCCAAUAUAAACUGUUGCUGUUGAGUGUGUAUAUUUUAAAGGAAGAAUUUUUUUGCUUGUGUUUCCCCCUACCCUUUUGACUUUUGUGUGAAGUAGUAACUUAAGCAAUUUAUUUCACUCUUGUAUACAUUGAGUUUUAUUGAUGCCAUUACAAUUUUUCUACAACUUUCCAGAAGAGAUCCAUGGAAUUCAGUACAAACUUAUUUUCCAGCAGUUCUUUCACAUCUUAGUAUCAGCUGUCAUCUUUCCUUAAGCUGUUAAUUGUAGCUGUUUCAACAAAUUGGACUAACCUGCUAUACAGUUCAUACCUUCGUAUUUUAUUUGAAAGAUUUCGUUUUUGAUACUUGAUAUUUAUCUUUGAUUUCAGUUAUUUUUAAUCUUAUAUAAUAUUUAAAGCUUAAUUAUUAUAUUUCUGUUUUUUCAAAGAUGGCAUAUUUUUACAAUGAAAUUUUCAUUUUUCUUGCAUAUGAACUCCCAUUUGCAUAUGCCUUCUUUAGCAGUUAUAGAUGGACACGUUUUUCUAAAAAUCCGUCCAGAUGUUUUGAAUAAGUAGACUUACUAGAGAAAUUUUAUACAUCUGUAUGCUUGGCAAUUAAUCCAUAGGGCCAUUUUCUCGAAGUAUUUCAGUUGUUUCCCCUUUACCCUAGAUGACUUGUAAAUUACUCACGUGCUUGUGAACUCCAAAUAUGCGUUGACUAGUAGCAGGUAGAAAAAAAGUUCACCGAGAGGGAUAAAUAACUUUAGCCUUGAGGAAGAGGUCUAACGUUUCCAGUUCCGUUAUCUGGGUUGAAUGAUGAAAUUGUAAUUGUGAUCGAUUAUUAAUGACCAAAGUUCAUAUUCUUUUUUUCUUUCUUUUAAUGGAAUAGAGAGUAUUUUACAUAUUAAUUUGCUUUGGGGUUGCUGUUUUUCUUACCAAAUUAACUACUGCAGUUUUUCAACCAAUUGUAUCAAAAUUCUUAUUGAGACUAAAUUGUUUUGAAACACAACUUAUCACUGGUCUUAAUUUUUAACUCUCCAAAGCUAGUUUUGUUACACAAAUAAGUAUUUAUUUAGUUGCUUUAAUAUUAGAUUAAUUCCAAAUAUAUAACAUCAAAACAUCUGACUCAGUGAGUAAAUAUCAAGAAUUCCAUAAUCUCCUUAUGAAGUAGAAAAUUUUUUAUGCUUGAAUUUUGUUUUGUAUUUAAUUGCUGUUAUUUUGAAUGUAAAGUAAAUGUACUUCAAAAUUUGUUUGACAAUUUUAGUUUAUCUAAUACUUAUUAGAAAUUUUUAAUAGUAGUAAUUUAUAUUUCAAUUCUUUUUUUUUGGUUCCCAUUGAUAUAUCAAUUCCUACUUAUACUUAACCUUUCAAAAUUGUUAGCUGUUUCCUUUUCUUGUAAGUCAAAUUCAAUAAAUUCUAAAUAGAAAAUAUUUCUCUGUUACUGUUGACAUAUUAUAAACAAUAAUGAAGACAUAGCUAUAAGUAUGUGUAUUUUAGGAUUACAUUUGGAACUAAUAUAUGCACACUAUCUGGAUCUCUGAUUUUCAUCUUGCAGUUUUGAAUUACUAGCUUUAAGUACUGCAAAUUGUAAUCAUUUAUUUCACAUUGAUAGAAUAGAUUAAAAAAAAAGGUGCAGCUGUCCCUUGUGCAGAAAGUCUUCUUAAUGGUCCAGAACACAUUUAUAAAUGCUUUUUGCGUUUUCAAAAUGUUCUGCAGUAUAAUAUAUUGGUCUUUUUCUAUUAUGAAAAAACAAUUUAUUUCUUAGCUUCAUGUAAAUUUUUUUUUCUUUCUGAGAAAUGAAUAUUUUCAAUGCACAGUUUUCUCUCCACACUUAUUUUUCAGUAUCACUUGUUUCUUUUGGUUAUUUAUAUUGUUUGCCUAUAGUGUCAAUAAACUUCUUCCAAACAUU